GCGGGCGCCUCGGCGGCAGGAGGAGGAGGAGGCGGGUCGGCUGCCGAAAGCCGGGGAGUCUGAGGGGGCUGCGUGUUUCCGGAGGACGUGGCGAACGGGCUCCUGAGGCGGCUCCGGCUCCUUCUCUUCGGUUCUUUGUCCUGCUGGCGCGGCGGCUCUUACCGACAUCAUGAUUUCCCUCACGGAUACGCAGAAAAUUGGGAUGGGUCUUACAGGUUUUGGAGUAUUUUUUCUUUUCUUUGGAAUGAUCCUAUUUUUCGACAAAGCACUUUUAGCUAUUGGAAAUGUUUUAUUUGUGGCUGGCCUGGCUUUCGUAAUUGGUUUAGAAAGAACUUUCAGAUUCUUUUUCCAGAAACACAAAGUGAAAGCCACAGGUUUUUUCUUGGGUGGUGUAUUUAUAGUUCUUAUUGGCUGGCCUCUGAUAGGAAUGGUCUUUGAAAUUUAUGGCUUCUUCCUCUUAUUCAGGGGCUUUUUCCCUGUGGUGAUCGGUUUUAUUAGAAGAGUGCCAGUUCUGGGGUAUCUGUUGAAUCUACCUGGUAUAAGAUCACUUGUAGAUAAAGCUGGAGAAAGCAACAACAUGGUAUAAUGAUUGACAAAGGUCCUGAAGACUGGUUCUAAAUUUAUAUUAUUUAUAAAACCUUCAUGAAGAUCGGUCAGUCCAGCACAACGAUUUUGUUGUAUACAAAGGCAACAUUUGUAAUGGUCUUUGAAGUAAGUUUCCAAUUUACACCAUAGUAUACAGUAAACCUAUUUAAUAUAUAAAAAAAAAAGAGAAGCAGAAGCAAAUUUGCAACCUGAGACUUGGCAUUGACAUACCAGGAAUGCUGUGAACUCAACUGGCGAAAAAGUCACGGAAUGUUAGAACUCUUCAAGACUUCUUCAUGUUUUUGGAGUACAAGCUAAAUGCAGCAAACUCCAUGGAAUUAACAGUGCCUGUCAUUUUUACCUCCUUACGUCGGAAAGUGUAAUAGAGUGAUCAUGGGUCAGUUGGUAAGGCGUGGCCCUUCUCUCUUCCUGCCUGCCUGCCAAAUUUCCUACUUCCUCCCCUUUUUUUGGAAGGGGGAAAAAAAAAUCUUCUCCCAACUGUUUCUUCUAUUGAAAGCGAGACAGCUUCCUUACGCUUGAUUCACACGGCGUUUAAAAUGAAUUCUCAUUUUUAACAGUAGCAGAAGACUCCAUCACACGGUUCAGCUGUAUAAAUCUCUCUGUAAAUAGACGCGGAAAUAAACCUUUGUAGGAAAAUGUUUCCAGCCAAAUGUAAAUUUUCAUUACCUACAUCUUUUACCUUUGGAAUAUGCAAAAAAAAAAUCAUUUUUUUGUACGGAAUUGUACAAAACUGUGUUAAACCAUUCCUGGGUUCGUUAGAUGUUUGGUUUGGCAGGGAAUGGGGAAACCAUUUUUACACUCCUUUCUACUGGUUCUCUUUAUCCCAAUUACUGGUAAGUGUUGGAAGCAAGAAGUAACCUUUUCCUCAUUGAAUAAACUAUGUGCACAUAAUAUGUAGCUCCUGAAGUGAGUUGCUUUGCUUCAUGAUGUUCACACAGUUUAUGAAACGGGAGUUGCCUAGCUCGCAAAUUUGUGCAAGGGCAUUUCAAUCCCGAAUCUUGUUUUUAGUUUGGUUAUUGGUAGCCAACAUAUAAAGUCCUAAAGCAUGAAGCAUCAUGUUUUGUUUACUGGCAAUAUCUGAGAUCCAGGAGCUAGAUUUGAAGGACUGAGCUUAAGCGUCCCAUUCUUAUUCUGAGGGAGCAAGUUACGAAGCUAAUUUAUUGUGUGUAUAACCUUUUCUAACCAUCAAACAAAUCAGCCAGUUUGCUGGGAAGUCUUGGGAAAUCAUAUUAGUAGCCUUGAUCAAGUAGCACAUUAAUUUGUUAUAUUUUGACUAUGAGAAACAAUUCCUAUUGCUACAAAUGGCAAGAUUCAGAACUUUUAUGGACAUUUAACUGAACUGGCAAAAGAGGAAAUGUGAAUGACUUAAGCCAUAGAAAAAUCACAUUGUUCUUUUUUCGGACCCCUUCUUGCAGUGGCUCUUGAUGAUAAAUUUGUCCUGACUACUUUAGUUGAAGCAAGCAAAGCUAUUGAUUUCUUUAAAUCUGAAUGGUUCAAACAGCCAGACAAAUACCUUGGAGUGAAUAAACACUAGUGACUAAUACCCAAGGAUGGGAACUAUUUUGUUCUUUAAAUGUGCACUAAGUGAUUCUUUAAAAGAACUUUCUGAUGAGACGAAUUGAUUUUGUAAAGCUGUGAAAAUCAUUUUUGAAUUGGCGCUUCAAGGGACAGUUCUCCGUGAGCUUUCCCAUUGUAGAGGAGUUAACAAAACAAAUAUUCCAUUAUGGAUCAUUCUGAUCCCAAAAUAGAGCACUCCCAAUUUUGAAACAAAUGGUCCUUGUGUUCUGGUGUAGUCUGAUACAAAAUGGGCCUGCUAUGGUGUUUGGGCCACUUCCAAAAACAUUCGGAACAUCCUGUUCCAGAGUUGCAGUAUUAUAUGAUGGAACAAUUGACACACUCCUGACACAUUUCUUUGAUUUCAUCUUGGGAGAAGUAUCCCUUAAGAAAGGAUGUUUUUCUUUCUUAAGGGGUGGUGGUGGUUCCGUAAGAGCAGCAGGCAAGUGUAUGGACGUGCACAGCUCCAUUUGCACGAGUGGCUGGCAAGCACACCUGCCGCUCGCACAAAUGGAACAUGUGCGCCCACAUUUCCCGCAGCUCACGUGAGGAGGUGCCCAUGUGCGUACUCGCCCACCACUUCCACAGCCCGGUUCUGGAGGACUCGGGGCCGGUAGUGGGCCACGGCCUGGGGUUUAGGGAAUCCUGCUUUAGGCAGUUGGUUGUUUUCAGUCUUAAAAUAGAUGUAAUUGAUCUAAUUGUCCCUACAACACUGGUAACAUGGGGUGUUGUUUUAUAUUGCAGACUCUGUCUCUAAUUAUUUUAAAUAGAAUCCUGUUGAGUAGGCCAUGGUCAAAACAUAAACCUUAAACAUGUUUGCUAUGUAUGCUCUAGUUUGAUACUUUGGCUGUAGAAAAGAAUUUUUAACUGACUCUCAUAUUUUAAACCAUUUCAGUUGCAGUUUGUGGGCUGGGAGAGAUGCUUAAGAUUUGGAGCAAUGCACAUGUCCUUAGAGCUAUAAAUUUGGGUUUCAUCAGAUGUUUUGCAACCUCAGGAGUCUUUCCAGAAGGAUCAGCUGCCAGAUUAUCUUCCUUACAUUUUACAAUGAGCCUCAUUUGAGUAUUGAGUCUCCAACACCACACUACUACCAAGUAAGAUGGAUUCUUAAUGCAAUAGGAAUAAAAAUCUUCCUAUUUCUGUUUCUUUUCCAUGUUGUGAAGGUAGCAGAGGAAAACAUUGCUUCCAGUCAUUUUGGGGCAUAAUCCCAUCAAAACAUCAUCAGGCCUCCAUCGUUUAAUUUAUCAUAUCCAUGUGACAUUCUGGUUAAGUCAUAAUUUACUUAAAUGUAGGUGAGACAUUGGUUAAAUAGCAAACUGUGUCAUGGUGCUCUAGAAAAUAAAGCGAAGACAAUUUGCUUCUUACACUGGCCACUUUGGAUGGCAUCCUUUCACUUUUCUGAGAUUCUCAUUAAAAUUCAGAACACUUUUUAAAAAAAAAUUCAAAGGGGUCGUUUUUUAAGUCAGCAGAGUGCAAUCUAAUACCACUGCUGUUCUGUUGCCUUGCCAAACCCUCCUAGAAAACCCUCUAAAGUUGCUUAUGAACGAAUGGAAGGUUGUAAGUGGUAGUAUAUUUCUCUUUCACAAAAAAGGAAGGAGCCAGAGAAUUUGAUUUGAUUUCAACUAGUUUGCUGUGUUGUGUGGUUUAAAACAUACUAUUACAUUUACGUUCAGGCAGCCAGGGAGCAAAAUACAAUCCUUGCAACUUCUAAGAUCCUACCCUUUAGCAGUCACAAAAUUAGUUUUUAUAGAAUUGGCAUUGCGAUAGAAGAUGAUUGAACGAUUCUUUAACCUUAAGGCUGUCUUAUGUUUGUAUACUUGGGAAUCAUUGUGCUCACACUACAUUGAGGCUCAUCUCCAAGGGUAAACAUACCUGAGCCUCGUAUGUUGUAAUCAUUUGCAGAAAUAAUACCUUCUGUAACAAAUAAGAUCUCCCUAUUUAAGUGUAAUUCUUGAUUGCUUGAAAAAAAAAUCCCAUAAAAGAUCUUGUUUUGGAGAAUAUAUUGUAAAUAUACUUGUCAUACCUUGAAUAAAUGGGUACUUUUUCUACGUA